AUGUCUGGCGCAUUGUCAGAUCCGGCGGCUCGAGAAUUCUGUGGAGGCCCUAAGACUAGCAGUAGGGACAUCGGUUCUGAAGUCGAUGAUGACGAUGACGUGCUGAGGGAUAUGACUGAUGACGAGAUGACGGGCAGUGAAUUAUCAGCUUUGGAACUUGACUGCGUGGAUGAGCUGGAUCUAGACGGUUUGUAG